AGAGGCGUGACCAAAUGUCCAUGUGUCAACAUGGCGGAGUAUUUAGCAUCUAUUUUUGGUACAGAAAAAGACAAAGUCAAUUGUUCAUUCUAUUUUAAAAUCGGAGCCUGCAGACACGGAGAAAGAUGCUCAAGACUCCACAACAAACCAACUUUUAGUCAAACUAUUGUACUUCAGAAUAUGUACCAGAACCCCAACAAUUCAACGCAGAACCCCAGUGGCUUAAUGACUGUAAGUCCUGAAGUUGAGCAGGCUCAUUACGAAGAGUUCUUUGAAGAUGUCUUUAUUGAAUGCGAAGAGAAAUAUGGCCCCAUUGAAAAAAUGAAUGUGUGUGAUAACUUGGGUGAUCAUCUUGUUGGAAAUGUCUACAUCAAGUUUCGUUUUGAGGAAGAUGCCGAGAAAGCCGUCCAGUCGCUCAACAACCGCUGGUUCAACGGGCACCCGAUACACGCCGAACUCUCUCCGGUGACCGACUUUAAGGAGGCGUGUUGCAGACAGUAUGACAUGGGGGAAUGCACUCGCGGAGGCUUUUGCAAUUUUAUGCAUCUCAAGCCAAUAUCUCGAGAACUAAAACGUUUUCUAUACAGCGGCAGUAGUAGUAGUAAUGAUAGACAUAGAAGGAGUCGCUCGCGGAGCAGGGACAGACAAAGGUCGCCGUUUCAGAAUCGAAGUAAUCGACGGUCUCGGUCAACCUCUCCUCCACAUUACAAGUGACAUACACUUCUCAUCUCUCUUACUUUCUCUCUUUCUCCUCUUUGAUUGUAUAUUGUUUUGUUUUUCAAACAUUCUCAUUCAAUGUGUAUCAUGUGUUUGUCUUUCAAUGAAUUUAUACCAAAGACAUAAAAAA